GGCACUCAUGGCUCUGUGAAGGACAAUGUAUACAACACUUAACCUCUCGACUUUUGCAGACUCCAACCUGUCAGACCACCAGAGGCUGCAGGAGCUGAGCCACCGUUCCAUCAAAGUGAGCAUCAUCGUUGUUUUGGGCGUCGUGAUCACUUUGGGCAACAUCGCAGUCCUCAUGGUGAUCACCUCCUCGGUGGAUGGCUGGUCCAGAAACUCUCGGUACCUCCUGCUCUCUCUCACUGCUGCGGACUCUGCGUUCGGGCUGCUGGUGAUGCCCUUGAACCUGUGGGUGAGUCUUUUAAAGGACUACACUGAUGGGCCAGACGCGCUCUGCCACGUCGUGGCCUUCAGCAACGCCACCGUCUACUCCACCUGCAUGUACACCCUGGCCACCAUCAGCCUGGAGAGGUACAUUGCGGUGUUUUACCCACUCCAAUACACCACUCUGAUGACCAGGAGAAGGACAUUGCUCCUCAUUGCGUUCAGCUGGUGUUUCCCCCCGUUUCUGCUGUUACCCAUUUCAUUCCCAGAUGGCAUCAUCGAGGUUCAUUUCUCCACCGCGUCACUGGUCUGCAAUCCAUCCUACUCGUCCAAUGUCGGAUACUCCCUCAGCCUGACGUGCUUCAUAUUUUUCCCUUGCUCCGUCAUCAUGACAUAUGCAAACCUCAGAGUGUGGUGCGCAGCCAAAAGGCAGAGACUGAAAUUGCGCAAAUAUAAUUGUGCGCGUUGCAGCAGACACGAUGUGGCAUCCAGGGUUCUGGUUCCUGUGUUGGCUGCCUACUACACCUGCUGGACUCCCUGCAUGGCUGCUAUGAUCUACAAUGCAGUGUCAGGGAGCAGUGUACCAGAGUGGAUAGAAUUUGUCGUGGUGUGGCUGCCAACGUCCAAUGGUUUCCUCAACUGCAUCUUCUAUUUCUGGAUCAACCGAAGCUUCCGCAGGAAAUUCCAUCUCGUCCUUCAGAGGCUGGCUCUGGCCGCCUGCCCUGCGCUGGCCAACACUCUGGGUUGCUGCAGCACUUCGAAGACACACUUUGUGUCAGUAAUUCCGGAUAAUAACAACAGCGUCCACGAGCGUUCUUCCAGCGUAUCCUCCACCUGCACCUUGCUAACUUUGGCUUAGGAGCUCCGGACCUGAGGAGGGUUAAGGACAUGAUCAGUGACCUCUACAUUGUCUGGCAGGACUGGACAACUGAAGCCAUGCUGCUGACAUAUCCUCACAUCAGGUAUCAAGGGUAAGAGAUAAAGUAAUUGAUAACAUAGGCUGCAGUGUAAAUGGUAUGAUACUCAGACAGGCUAUGAUGGCAGGUAUUUCAAAUAGCGACUGUACAGGCUACAUCAUAUUGAGUUUGAUGGAUUUUUCUUAUUUUUAUUUUUUAAAAUCUAAUUUCAGUCUAAAAACAGUGUUCAGUUGACUGGAACACAACUGAAUUUAUAACUUAUUAGGAUUUUUUUUUUUUACUCAUUCACAUACUGCUGCCAGCAUUUGAUUUCCUGUCAGAACAUCUUAAACCACCUUUUAGUUGUUUUAAUUAGCCGUCAACCUCGUCUGUGCCUCAGAAAGGCCUGCCAUUAUUCUGCAUGCAGCUGUAUAAUCAGUCUUUUAAUAAUGUCAGCUGUUGCCUUAUUACACCUGUUGCUCAGGUCAACAUACAAUAUUUUAGACAUUUGAGGUUAGCCAAUUAGUUCAUCACAAGAAACGGAUAUGCAGAUUUAUUUUCAUGUGAGACUUUGUGAAAACCACUAGUCGAUUACCAGCGCUUUGAACGACGGAGGGCAUCCACCUCUUCUUCAAUUUAAACUGUGCGUCAAAGAUCUUGGCAUAUAAUAGCUUGGAGAAGUUAACCUUUAAGUCACAGCAUUUCGGUGUGCGCAAGGAGAAAAGUAAUUAGGCAACUACACUGUAGAAAGGUCACCACAUUUGUGCUGGGAACAGAUAGCUUGGGUAACUUCUGAGGCUCUGGUUGUUUAUUUUGAGAUAUUAAGCCUAAGAUAUUCCUUUUCAGAGAGUUCAGCUUCAGUAUGGAUUCAGCUUGGCGAAGGCAUAUUAUCAUCUUUGAAUAGUUUUCUGUCAUGGUGAAGACUGGUUACAAGAUCACUGAGAGUAUGUCUAUCCAGAAACUUCUCAGUAGCAUUUUAUGCAAUCUAUUUUAGCCUUGAUGUUGCUGCUUGGCAUUACAAUCAUUGGAGUUUGACACAAUGGAUGAGCAGCAGAGGAGUCACUAAAUUAUGUGAGAAAAGACCGACCUAAUAAUGUCCUUUUGUAUGUAUAUAUUUUGUUGUUUCUAAAUUUGUAAUAUUAUAACGACUGAAUAUUUGAUAAUGUAAUGAUUUAUGAAUGAUCUAUGAAAUAAAGCUUUUGAACUGUU